GUUCCGGAUUCUCUCAAAUCACGAGUUGAGUCAUCCUCGGAGACCCAGGGGCAGAUAGUGGGGACGAGGGAAAGUCUAAACGGGCGGAAAAAUGUGGCGCGAAGAAAAGUAAAGAACGGCGAGAAGAGCCCCUGGGGACAAUGUCUUACCAGACCAGUUCCAAACGGUCGCCGCCGUUCUUGCUUCUGAUUGGUGCCAGAAAAACACAAGUUUUCUGGCACCAAUCAGAAGCCAGAACGGCGGCGACCGUUUGGAACUGGUCUGGUAAGACAUUGUCCCCAGGGGCUCUUCUCGCAGUUCUUUACUUUUCUUCGUUCCAUAUAUAUUUUUCCGCCCCUUUAGACUUUCCCUCGCCCCCUUUAUCUGGCCCUGGGUCUCCGAGGAUGGAGUUGAGUACAAGUUUCAGUAUUUGUGCGAGCUGUGGAGCUCGUUAUAUUGGUGAAACCAAUAGGCAUUUUAACACUCGUAUUAACGAGCACCUUUUUCGGGACAGGAAUUCCCACAUUUUCAAGCAUCUCAGCAGUUCUAAGAAUUGUAAAGAUAAAUAUGGAGUCUAUUGCUUUGAAAUUAUUGACACUGCUAGUUCUUAUUAUCAACUUAAGGUCAAGAAGAGCUUCCAUAUUGAACAUCUAAAACCUGAACUUAGCAAGCAAAUUGAG